UGAAAUACGUUUGUGUUGCUGAAGCACAUAGAGGUCGUAAAUAGUGGAUGAAAGGAACAAUGAACAAAAAAAAUCAUGAUUUGAUGAAUGAAAAGUAAACAGUGACCAUUCAGCAGAAUCAAAAUAUGUCUCACAUACCUUUUCUUCCAGUGUCACGUUUACAAGAUGAACACAUUUUACCGUCUCUCGUUUUUCAUCUCAGAACGGCCGUCCAGUCAGAGAGAACAGCAUCGCUCUGCGUUACAUCUCCGACCCGACUCACAACUCGCUGGACAAAGACGACUUCGCCGGCCACGAGUACAUGAACCAGAGUCUGAGUGAGACCAGCAGGAGCAGCAGGCUGUCGGAGGUUUUGAAUCCCAACUACGAGGACCUGAGCCCGGGCUGGGGCGCCGCCUUGCCCCGCUCACCGCUGGAGGAUCCGAAGCCCUCCGCCAGAGUUCCCGAGGGACCCGAAUACCUGAACUCCACCCAAAGCUCGCUCCCCCUGGCCGCCAGCGACAGCCUCGACAACCCGGACUACCAGGCCGACUUACUGCCGCAGGCCACGCCCACGACCGCUUUAACGGGGAACGGUCUGUUCCUCCUGGCGGCGGAGAACCUGGAGUACCUGGGUCUGGGUGCUGCACUGCACGCCCCCAUCCGCUAGGGGGCAGCAACAAUCUGACACCCCGAACUGGAACUGAGGUUCUGUGGAAACAAAAUGUCGCCCACUUGGAUUUAGGUUGCUGACAGUAUUUAACUGAGCUGUUUUACUGUGAAGUUUCCCAGGAAAUGCUGAGUGAGCAGCAGCAGUUACUGAGGGGGAGGAGGAGGACAGGACGUUUUCCAGGGAUUCAAACUCACAAACCGGACCUUUCUCUCAACCUUUAAAUGGCUUCAUUAACUUGUUUGACGUGACAAACUAGUGAGAACCCCGUGGAAAGCAAACAGCCAGAAGCCAGCGAGACAGAACCCACACAGAGUCUCUUCAGGUUCACCAGGACAGAGACUUUAUUCGAUCCGUCUCGGCCCCUCUGGGGCGAUGGAUUCUUGGGCUGAAACGCCAUUUUCAAUAUGUCUUCCACUCCAUCUUUCCUCUGCAUCCUUCCCUUGUCAGCACUUGUAUUAUGCACUAUGGAAAUAAAAUCAGGUCCUAAACAUCGAAAAUUCAUCAGCUGGUACUUUGCAAAUGUGCACAGCGCUUUAAAAAUGUGCAAAGAAGAAAAAUUCUGUAUCUGCUCAUUUACACGGACUCAGGUCGUCUUGAUGAUAAAGGCCGCGAGCGGACCUGAGUCCACACGAUGGAUCCUCGGCUCCAUCGGGUAUCAGGAAGCUCAGUGGCGCCCUAAGCUGGCGAUGUGACGGCUCUGCGGCUCAAAUCUAAGUGCACCAAAGUCGACUCUGCUGCCACCACGACACAAACACUGGCUCACUUUCUUGUUUGAACGAGAUCCUUUUCAUGUUAUUAGGAGACACUUUCAGUCCCCCUGUAAAGCAUUUCUAGGCAAUAUCUAAACAUUUAAUAAAUGGGUUAUAACACACUAUAACGUGGUUAUAAGCUGGUUUUUCAGUACUUGUAUUCAUUGUCUGUUUGUACAGCAGCCUCCACUUUACAGUUAUAGUUGUCAACAAAUACAUUAAUGACUUAUAUCUGCUUACAGCUGCAGUAUAGUCUGUUAUUAACCAUUUCUUAAAUGUUUAUGUGCUGCUUGUAAAUGCUAAACUGGGGGACUUGGUUAUUAGAUACCACAUUAUUCCGUUUGAAGUAAAACACGUUUUAUCACUGUAUCUUGUUAAAUAAUGGAACGAGCAACGUGCCGCCCAUCUGAAACUUUCAGCCAUAUUUUAGUUUCCAUCCGCUGCCUCCGCAGGAGAAUCUUCCACACUGGAGCUUUUAAAUAGUCGGAAGCGCUUGUUUUAAACUUUGGUCCGUGAAAAGUGCAGAAUUGAAGGCGCAGCGAUUCCAAAUGAACAGUCGAGUUCGCAGAGACAAAGCAGAGGAGAAUAUUCUGUUUUUCCUCAAAUGCUUUAAAUAAAGUGUUCAGUUCGACAUCUUCGGCUGCAGUCUCCUGAAGCCGGUUUCGUUUGAUUCGGAUCCCUGAAGGCUGACACACAGGGACGGCUGGACCAGCUGCGUCUCUGUCGGACAGGUGCUCUCUGGAAUAAAGGUGGAAAAAAAGUCACAUCUCAUCAAAACAAGUGACACUUUGUGAAAUCAGCAAAACCUUCUGUCAGCAUUUGACUUGAAACACCUUCAGUUAAGCUUAGAUUGUUGUUUUUUUUACUUGUGUGCCAAGUUGGAUCAGUUUUACUGAAGUGUAAAAAGUGUUUUAUUCUCCCUUUACUUGACAAGAAUGAGCCAAACUCUUAUUUACUGUUACUGCACUCUGACUCUAUUAGCUGUUACUGCACUCUGACUCUAUUAGCUGUUACUGCACUCUGACUCUAUUAGCUGUUACUGCACUCUGACUCUAUUAGCUGUUACUGCUUGCUACUGUUUGUCACUGCUGUUAGUGGAAAUGUACGGAAGCUGAGAGGCGGGUUGAUGGUUAUUCUUCAGGUUCAUCUCAAGACAACAAACGUGCCCAUAUUUCAGGAUGAGCGAGUCUCCGCUCUGACGAAGACGCUCUUUAUGUUGAAACAUUAGUAGCUGCACUUCUUUAAAACGGUUUUCGAAGCGCUCCAGUUUAGUUUUUAACCCCGUUAUUACGACACGAGAGCUGAAUUAUUUUACUUCCUGGAGUUUUCUCACGACUUUCUUGGGACUUAAAUGUGUUUGAGGGUAACGGAGGAACCCCGUCUGAUCAGGACCGGAGUCCGGCACAAGUCCAAGUCUGAGCAAGAAGAGUCCAAAGAAACAGAAAGCAGUGAUUCAGUAUUCUUCACCCUGUUGUUCGUAGAGAGAGUCAACUGUGACUCAGUACAGUUCUUUGGAUUUAGAAAAGUUUGACAUGUGACAGAAACAGGAAAACCUGCGUCAGCAGUUUCCAUCCAGAUUCAGCCUACAUUUUAAACCUUUAAAAGUUUUUUUCCACUCCGCAACUUGAAAAUGUGCUUAAAAACAUGUGGAUGGAAACACAUAGUGUUGCAUUAUUUGCUAAAAGUGUGAUUACAAGAGAAAGACACAAACUGAAAUUAAAAACUAAAUAUUCAGCAUCUGGGGACGAUUGGUUAUUACGUGGCUAAGACACACUGAUUCGACCAUCGCCUGCACUUGAAAAUAACAGAACUGAGAUUCGAAGUAAAGCCGACUGGACUCGAGACUGGAGACAAAAGAGAAGUCCGAGUCCGGACGCUCGUGAGACCGAGAUCUCGACGGCAGACUUGAAAUAGUUACAUCAUGUUUCUGAGGCAGCAGUUUGAUCUUUACAACGUCCUGAAGUCUAAAUAAUGAGCCGAAAAUAUGAAUUAUCAACCACGACUGCACUCAGCUUCCAUAGAAAAUGACACAGAGGAAUCACGUUGAAUGUCUGUAAAUGUUUUAUUGUUUCAUUAGCUUUAAUUGUUGUUAGCUGUGAAAAAUAGUUUGAGAAAUCUUUGUUGUUUACAGGGAACAGCUGACCUGCUAACAAGGCCACCAGUUUGUUGGAAAGACAUUAAAGUUUCUGUUUUGUUGUCUGA